CAUUGUAAAAGAACCAAAUACUAAGUAAUAUAUGUGACAUUCACAUUUUCUUUUGCCUUAUUUUUCUUUUACUCGGGGAUGUUAUAUAUAGAUUUUGAGGUUAUUCAUGAAACCAUAUUUGAUUGCUGCUUCCUGUCAUUUAACACUCUGAAUGUAUAUUUUUUGCUUGGUGUUUUACCACAACUGUUUGGCAUUGUGCAUCCUUGGGUUUGGAUAGUGGCAUAGCUUGAUGAGCCAUGUGACAGAAGCUGCAUGUGACAGAAGUAGCCCCUAACCUUUGAUUAAAUGUGACCUCUUGGUGUAGUAUAUAAAAAAAGGCUAGAGGGAGCUAUUGAGCUGUUUAAAGACUCCAAUGACUUGGAAGAAUUUGGUUUAAAAUCAAGGACAAAUACUAGGUGUAAUCAGAUGCUGCAAAAUGAAUUAUAGCCAAUUGCAGAUUUUGGAGAAUUCAGUGAACACAGUUCAUGAUUUAAAAUAUUAGCUGGUUUCCUGAGAGUCACUUAGCACCAGUGAUUACAUAUGUAUUUGAUGAACUAAGAAAAAAAUUAGCACUUUUCUGGGGAAAAAACAUUCUGGGCAUGGCAGUAUAACAAAGAAUGUUAUAAUGCAGAAAUGCUCUACAUUUCUCUUAUUUUUAAGUGUGUAAGAGAUCAGAAACUAUGCAUUGUAGUGACUGUAGGUGUAUUUGGUUUUCCUGUUUUAAGUAACAUGACUAAUGAAAUAAUUGUGGUUUUAUAGAUUAGAGGUGGAAUACAUUUAAUUUGAUAAUGCCUUUUAGAUUAUGUGUAGCAAAAAUUCAAUUUUAAAAGCUCAUGAGACUAAAGUGAUUUUAAUUUCUAAUGUUUACCAUUAAUCAUUAUUGAAUAAAUACUUUUCAAUGAAAGCAGAUUUUAAAAUACAGUUUUUACCUAUUCUUGUGUAAGAAACAUCCACAAAAGUGUGAAACAGUGUGGUUUCUUUAAAUAGGAGCAUAAUAAAUGUUUUUAGUUGAGCAGAUUAUUAUCUGACAUUUGGUGGGGAGGGGUGGGGAAUAACAAAGGCACAUGCUAAUGCAUUAGGGCAUGCCAGCAUUUAAUUAAAAUACGAUAACCUACUCAUAAGCAUCACUAAGAUUUUUUAAAGUUUUUUAAUCUAGUCACUUAAGUGAGCUUUGGAUUAUUGAAGUAAGUCAUGGGCCCUGAAAACAGAAAAAUUUUCUCAAGAGAAACAGUCAGUCCUUAGAGUGAUGUAUUCAAAUGACCAAAGAAACCCAAAUAAACUACUCACUGAAAUGGAAUCUUUCAGUAUUUGUUUUAGCCACGUUUAAGUUAAGGAAGAAUAAACUGCCCUUUUAAAGGGGAAGCUGGAUAGUUUUAUAAACUUCAUUUCAUGCCCCCAAAUUGCAUGCACCUGAUGUGAUGUCAGUGGAAUGUAGGCAUGUGCCUCUGCAUGCAGCUGAUAUGGUCAGACCCCUAAUGAUGUCAGUGGAGGUAUUUUUCCAUGGGAACGUUCACAGUUGAAUUCCUACCAUGUGUUAGUAAUUUCUCAUUGUUUAUAAUAAUUAGAUAUUUGUUUUUAUUUUAGAUUUCUAAUGUCUGUGCAUUCAUUCCUUCUUUAAACAAUUGUGGUUCCUUCUCAUGCUCUACUUGCUUCAGCUAGUUGGCAUCUUAGGGAUUUCGUAUUUUACUUACAUUGCAGGACCCAAGGCUUAGAAUUUGGGAAAAAUUAUGAGAAGUCACAUUUUUACCCCUCACUUCUGUCAUCAUUAAUAAAGUAAAAUAGUUUCAAAUAACUUACAGAAACAAAUGUAUACUCAAUGGUUUAUAUAAAAUCAAGAAUACACAUAAAAAAUGUCAAGAGCACUACUAAGAUAUGACUAAAAUCCUUUUUGGAGGUUUGGGUAUUUCUUGUAUUACAACAGUGCUACUCAUAUAACUUAUGGUUUUACUUAUGUAUGAUGGAUUAAGUGAAGUUGUUUGCUCCAUGGGUGAUUCAAGCAAACUGCCUAAGUAGCCUUUGCCUUGUUUUAACCAUUUAUGUAAUGGAUAUGAGAUAUUUAUUGCCUAUCUGUAGCACAGAUUUUAUAAUGACAGCAUCCAGACAAUGCCAAGCAGUCUCCUUUCUAAGUAAGAAUAGUAUGCUGUCUCAGCUCCUGAAUUCCAUCUGAUGACUGGGAGCAUAGAAACCUUCACUGUGGCAUUUCAUUCUGAAUUAGACAAAGGCUCAGAUAACCAGCAACAUGGAAAUACCUGGAAUUUAUCUGAACACUAAAUUUUAAUGAUAAUAAAAAACAAUGUUAAUUAACAUUGGUUAAACAUAUACUAUGUGCCUAAUAAGUGUUCUAAAUGUUUUAUAUAUAUUAACACAUUUAAUUUUCAUUGUAAUCUUGUGAGUUAGUAUAACUAUUUCUCUUAUACAAGUGAUGGAUCUGCUACUCAGAGGUUCAGGAACUUGUCAAGGUUACAUUGCUAUGAAGUGCUGAAGUGGAAUAGCCUAAAAUCAAAGCCCGAGGCUGAGUGUCACACCCCAGCUUCCAACCAAAUAAAUACAGGUGAGAAUUAAUUUCCAUGUCCCCAGUAUAGAUAGUUUUAUCCAGUUCCAUUACUAACAUCGUUUGUAUUCCAAACUAAAAUGAGGUAACUAAUAUGUGUAGCGGAAAAAGAGUAACCUGUCCUGAGCAGACAGCCUUACCUGGAGUAAAAACUGAAUAGGGGAUUGUUGCUUUGAUUGGUUGAUUUAAGACUGAUUAUGUGGUACUCAGUAUAGUUUUAUAUUUAUGAUUGUUAAAUCAUUAGAUAGUUGGUAAUCCAUGUAUGGCAUAAUCUUAAAUACAUACAAUAUGAAAUUGUAAUAUUUUAUUUGACACCUAUUUGUCAUAUUGCAGUUGACCAUUAAAUAUGAUUUUCAAAGUGUUCGGGAAGGUUUGGAUAUAUUCUAAGAUUAAAAGAGUUGAAUAAUAUAAAAAAUGUAAUGAAAAACUUGUGUCAGAGAUGGGUAUUUCAGUGCCCUGCAGGGGAGGAAUGUGUGUGUCUAUGGCUACUGACUGGUGUGUUUUAUGAAUUCUGGCAUUUGUUAUUUUUAUAUAUUGCAUAUAUUGAGUAGAAGCUAAAAGGAAAUAUGUUUAUUUUAUUAUUUUUUAAAUAUUUAUUUAGUUUAAUGUAAAGCGAUCUUUUUCAGAGAUAGAUCGGUCCAGCAAUGGAUCAGGUGUCUCAAAUGUUAUUGAGUACCUCCUCACUGUUUGAGAAUAGGCCUGAUGAUUGAUUGUUGCCUUUAUUAUGGAGAGAAUAGAAACUCCAACAUGGCGAUUGACCAACAUAUGUAAAAAACAUCUUCAGGCCCUAAGAUUGUUAUUGUAUAUAGCUUUCUGCACUCACAUAAUUUGUUUAUUACCCAAUCAAAGAAGGACUGUUUCUAAACCAACUUACAAAGGUAAAAAUCUAGCUGAUUUUACAAAAUGUAAAUAUUCAUUUGGCUACUUUCUCACUUCCUCUAAAGGAAGUAAAACAUACCUCACAGAUAGUUCUGGUUUGAUUUUCUCACUGGAAUAAAGAAAUUCACAAAGAAGUGAGCAACAUAAAUUUCUUAGUUUUCCAGUGCAUAUAAAAGUUAUCUUUACACUGUGCUGUAUUCUAUUAAGUGUGAAACAGCACUAUGCCUUAAAAAAAAUGUACGUACCUUAAUUAAAAGUACUUAAUUGUUAAGGACCAUUGAGCCUUUUGCAGCUGACUGAUCUUGGUAAUGGCCCUGAAGGUGAGGGUGGCUGUGGCAAUUUCUUAAAAUACAACAGUGACGUUUGCCACAUUGAUUGACUAUUCCUUUCAUGAAAGAUUUCUCUUAGCAUGCAUUAUUGUUUGAUAGUAUUUUUACCCACAGUAGAACUUUUUUCAAAAUUGGAAUCAAUCCUGACAAACCAUGCCAUUGCUUUAUCUACUACGUUUAUGUAAUAUAUCUAAAUUCUUUGUCGUCAUUUCAACAAUAUUCAUAGCUUCUUCACCAGGAGUACAUUUCAUCUCUAGAAACCACUUUCUUAGCUUAUCUGUAAGAAGCCUCCUCACUCAUUAAAGUUUUAUAAUGAGAUUGCAGCAAUUCAAUCAGAUCUUCAGGUUCCAUUUCUAAUUCCCUCAGAGUCAUCAACAGAGAUUGGAAUAAACUUUUUCCAAACUCCUGUUAAUGUUAUUUUGACCUCCUCUCAUGAACCAUGAGACUGCUUAGUGGCAUCUAGAAUGGUGAAUCUUUUACAGAAGGUAUUAAAGUUAUUUUGCUUAGAUCUAUCAGAGUAAUCACUAUCUAUGGCAGCUGUAGCCUUCCACAAUGUAUAUCUUCCGUAAUAAGACUUGUGACUUGAAAUUACUUUUUGAUCCACGGGCUGCAGAAUGGUUCACGAAGUUCUUGUGCUUUGUUUUUCAGCUCCAUCAAGUCGUUUAUGUUCUUCUCUAAGCUAGUUAUUCUAGUUAGCAUUUCGUCUAACCUUUUUUCAAGGUUUUUAGUUUCUUUGCAUUGGGUUAGAACACGUUCCUUUAACUCAGAGAAGUUUGUUAAUUAUCUACCUUCUGAAGCCUGCUUCUGUCAAUCGUCAAAUUCGUUUUUCCUUCAGCUUUGUUCCCUUGCUGGUGAGGAGUUCUGAUCUCGUGGUGGGAGAAAGGUGUUCUGAUUUUCGUUGGUUUCAUUCUUCUUGCGCUGGUUUCUCCCAUCUCUUGGAUUUAUAUAGUUUUGAUCUCAGGUAGCUGCUUGGGGAGGCGGCCUUUCCUUUGUCUGACUGCAGAGGCGCUGCUGGGCUGCCACAGGUUCAGUGGAGCUGCUGCGUCUUGUCUUUUAUUUACUCAGGAAAGUUAGGCCGGCUCCUACAAAUGGCAGCUGCCCCUUCCCGCCCCCGCACCCCCCACCCGCCCCUAGCUGGAUAGCUCCUGGUCGCUCUUUAGGUGCGAAACUCUAGCGUGAGAGGUUUUUUCAGUCUGCUGGGCUUUGUCGAGGGGAGGCAGGGGGACCUGUCCCGCCGUCUGGGCUGUUUCCCUGUUUUCAGUUCCUCUUCCCUGUGAGGGGAGGGUAGAUCCUUCCAGCUGGCUUUCUGGCUUUCUGGUCAGCCAGUGCUUCCGCAUCAGCCAGUGUUUUCGCCCCGGCUCUGGCCGAAGUUGCUGUUCUGCCCUGUUCAGGCAGCUCGCUGAGGCUUUUCAGCCCGGCGAAGACCUGCUGUCCUGUGAGUUGUAGAGGGCCUGGGUGGAGCGCCGAAAUCCCAGAGGGGGAGAUCCCCCCGCCCCGUCCUCCCGUCGGUUGCAGGCACCUCUUGGGUGGGGCAGUGGCCCGCCUUGCCUCAACUUGCCCUACUUGGUUUAUACGCACUGUUCAUAACCAGACCCACAAAAUGAACAAAAUGAACCGGAUACCUCGUUUGGAAUUGUGGAGAGCACUCGGUUUCUGCGUCUCUCUCGCUGGGAGCUGCUUUCUGGAGCUGCCUCUCAUUCAGCCAUCUUGGGAUGCCCUCCGUGGCCUGCGGAUGGAUGUUGGAUUAGCAGGCAUGAAGAAAACAUAAUCUCCUUGUACAUCUCCAUUGAGCUCUGGGUGACCAGGUUUGGUUACAAAAGUACGGCUACCUUCCACCGACUGACCCCAGAAUGUCAGUGCUGCGCUCUGCAGAGACCAUGCAGUCCGCCCUAGCUGCCAUGCAGCAGUUCUAUGGCAUUAACAUGACAGGAAAAGUGGACAGAAACACAAUUGACUGGAUGAAGAAGCCCCGAUGCGGUGUACCUGACCAAACAAGAGGUAGCUCCAAAUUUCAUAUUCGUCGAAAGCGAUAUGCAUUAACAGGACAGAAGUGGCAGCACAAGCACAUCACUUACAGUAUAAAGAACGUAACUCCAAAAGUAGGAGACCCUGAGACUCGUAAAGCUAUUCGCCGUGCCUUUGAUGUGUGGCAGAAUGUAACUCCUCUGACAUUUGAAGAAGUUCCCUACAGUGAAUUAGAAAAUGGCAAACGAGAUGUGGAUAUAACCAUUAUUUUUGCAUCUGGUUUCCAUGGGGACAGUUCUCCCUUUGAUGGAGAGGGAGGAUUUUUGGCACAUGCCUACUUCCCUGGACCAGGAAUUGGAGGAGACACCCAUUUUGACUCAGAUGAGCCAUGGACACUAGGAAAUCCUAAUCAUGAUGGAAAUGACUUAUUUCUUGUAGCAGUUCAUGAACUGGGGCAUGCUCUGGGAUUGGAGCAUUCCAAUGAUCCCACUGCCAUCAUGGCUCCAUUUUACCAGUACAUGGAAACAGACAACUUCAAACUACCUAAUGAUGAUUUGCAGGGCAUCCAAAAGAUAUAUGGUCCACCUGACAAGAUUCCUCCACCUACAAGACCUCUACCGACAGUGCCCCCACACCGCUCUAUUCCUCCGGCUGACCCAAGGAAAAAUGACAGGCCAAAACCUCCUCGGCCUCCCACCGGCAGACCCUCCUAUCCUGGAGCCAAACCCAACAUCUGUGAUGGGAACUUUAACACUCUAGCUAUUCUUCGCCGUGAGAUGUUUGUGUUCAAGGACCAGUGGUUUUGGCGAGUGAGAAACAACAGGGUGAUGGAUGGAUAUCCAAUGCAAAUUACUUACUUCUGGAGGGGCUUGCCUCCUAGUAUCGAUGCAGUUUAUGAAAAUAGCGACGGGAAUUUUGUGUUCUUUAAAGGUAACAAAUAUUGGGUAUUCAAGGACACAACUCUUCAACCUGGUUACCCUCAUGACUUGAUAACCCUUGGAAGUGGAAUUCCCCCUCAUGGUAUUGAUUCAGCCAUUUGGUGGGAGGACGUUGGGAAAACCUAUUUCUUCAAGGGAGACAGAUAUUGGAGAUAUAGUGAAGAAAUGAAAACAAUGGACCCUGGCUAUCCCAAGCCAAUCACAGUCUGGAAAGGAAUCCCUGAAUCUCCUCAGGGAGCAUUUGUACACAAAGAAAAUGGCUUUACAUAUUUCUACAAAGGAAAGGAGUAUUGGAAAUUCAACAACCAGAUACUCAAGGUAGAACCUGGAUAUCCAAGAUCCAUCCUCAAGGAUUUUAUGGGCUGUGAUGGACCAACAGACAGAGUUAAAGAAGGACACAGCCCACCAGAUGAUGUAGACAUUGUCAUCAAACUGGACAACACAGCCAGCACUGUGAAAGCCAUAGCUAUUGUCAUUCCCUGCAUCUUGGCCUUAUGCCUCCUUGUAUUGGUUUACACUGUGUUCCAGUUCAAGAGGAAAGGAACACCCCGCCACAUACUGUACUGUAAACGCUCUAUGCAAGAGUGGGUGUGAUGUAGGGUUUUUUCUUCUUUCUUUCUUUUCCAGGAGUUUGUGGUAACUUGAGAUUCAAGACAAGAGCUGUUAUGCUGUUUCCUAGCUAGGAGCAGGCUUGUGGCAGCCUGAUUCGGGGCUGACCUUUCAAACCCAGAGGGUUGCUGGUCCUGCGCAUGAGUGGAAAUACACUCAUGGGGAAGCUUCCAUGAUGCACAGUAUCUGCUGUUCUUCAGUCCUUUGUCUUUCUUUGUCAUUCAGUUCUAGGCCUUUCCUCUGCACGCUCAAUGCCCAGUAAAAUUUCAGGAUUAACUAAAGAAGAGGAAAAAAAGAAGAAAAGAUUCUUCUUAAAAAUUUCUAAUAUUAUUUUUCCUUCUGAAGUCUGAGCCCAUUUCUGGGGGGACUAUAAAAAAGCAAAUCAAAAAACCCACUUUUUUUUUUUUUUUGCUUUAAAACAAAGGGAAAAAAGAGUUUAACAACCCCACAAUUGAACUUCCAGGAAAGUGUGAAGACCCAAAACAGCUUUGUCUCCAAAGAAGAUAGCUCUCUGACUGCUUUGGAUAGUCUCCUACGCACCAUUUUGUCAGGUGGGAGAUUUGGAAUACAUAUGCAGGACGUUAGACUGUUGGGACAGCCAUUUUCCAACAACCAAGGGGCCAAAAUAUCUGCAAUAUAGUAACAGCCUUAAUAAUACAUCCAUUUUUCGUUUUAUACAGCUGUUCUCAGCUAUGUACUCAAUGUUUCAUCACAUUUAUAGUCAUAACUAUUUUCAAACACGACCUUUUAAUUGUUUUUGACGUAUUUCUAAACCCCUUCUUUCCACCUUACCCCUUCAUCAUUGUGAUAAUCUUCCCAAAUUGCAUUAGGCCAUUGCCCCAGGCCUUCUGUGGGUCUGUCAGGAAUAGUCAUUACAAAGCAGAUCAAGAAGCAGUAUGUCUCUGAAGUGGAUUACUGUGACAGUUACUUUACAAGGAUUUGUGACACUAGUAAUAUACCCGUGUGACCCUUUGAGAACUAUCAGACCAGAUUUCAGAGUCUUAGGAUUGUUGGUCUUGUGAACUGAUAAAUUAUAGAACUGGGCAAUGGUAAAAACAGUCACAGGCUCAAGAAUUUCAGGCUUUUAAAACAGAUAUCCUAUAAUGUCAUGUAAUUUUUAAGUGAUUUACACAACUACAUAAAUGCAUUUGUAACAAACAGAAAUGAUGCUACUUGCCAAAUUUUUUCUGGCAAAUAAAAAAGGUAUUUUAUUAAGAAUCUCAUAAGACUGAAAUUUUAUUUGAAAAACUGGUAAGAGCCUAACUCUUCUUCUUCUUCUUUUUUUUUUUUUUUUUUUUUUAGGCAUACUGAAUUUCUGUUUUAAAAUCCAUUGCAUGAAAAUUUAAUUUGCCUUGGUAUAUGCAGUUAGCAUUGCCAUUUUAAAAAUGAAUUAAAAUGAUGACUCUGAAGUUGCAUGAAUAUCUUCCAGUGCAUUACCUAUUGCAUGUCCACCAUAGUUCUCAAAGGGUUAGAGUGGCUUCUGGCAUUUAGCCAUCCAUUUGAUCACUGACAGAGCCAAGAAACCACCAAAGCAUUUCAUUGUUGAGUGUAAUUUGUCCUAACAGCAGUAUUGUCAUUUUCAUGUGACCUGCAGAGCAGGUUUGUAUCAAUAUUUUUUUCCUAGAGAAAAGUCAGCAACUGACAGACCUCUUUAUUGAUUUUUAGGAGCUGCUUCUUGCAGUGAAAGGCUUUACAGCCACUGGGCUGUGAACUUUAUUAGAGAUGGUCAGAAUGAAUGCACCCCAUGAGUCAGACAUUGGCUUUGUGUGAAAGCCAGCUUUGAGGGGAUUAGCUUUUGAAACAAUGAACAGCUUGCCUUGAACUUGAUUAUUGAUCUAUUGACUGUCAUUAACAACAACUUAAACAUUGUCUUCUGUGAAAAUUUUCCUUGAAGAGUCCUGUUCUUUGUCUUUGCCCUUUGACCUUUAACUUGCAAACUGGCACAAACUGAAGGAAAUCUGGUGUUGCUUCUCCAUUGGAUUAGUUGUUCUAUAAAACCUAGUAAGCAUGAGCUGUUUCCUUAGAGUGAAGAAAGUGUUGUUGGCAGAUCUACAGAUGGACACUUUGCUCUUUACAUGCACACUCUGAAAAUGCCCUAUAGGUAGAAGUGAAUUUUAAUUUUAUUUUAAUAUAAUUUCAAGUCUAAAUUCAUCAUUUUAGUACAAAUUACAAAAACUAUAGAGAAAAAAAAAAACCUCAAAUACUUGAAUGGCCAGUGUGGCUUUUAUAUAAAGCAGGAAUUUUAUACUAGUAAACAUUUCUUACUCAUUUGCUAAUAUAACACAUUUCCAGAUGAUUUUUAAUGAGUGUAGGUAUACAUUCUUAUUUGGAAAUGGAUAGUUUGGCUGCCUUGAAUUUAUAUUUAUACUCAACAUAGCAUGAAAAGUAGAAUGCCUUUUGGUUAAACUACAUGUUUAUGAUUUGGUUGGGGAAAAUGUUUUAUAAUUGUGGGUGGCAUGCUGCAAAGCCUUGCAGAUUGUUAUUUCUUACAACCUGAGCAUAUAUAUUGUGAGGCUAAGAAAAAAGAACAGCAGGAAAAGAAUGGCUUUACAGUGAAAUAUUGUAUAAUGUAGACGAUAUUUUAGGAUGAUAUUGGAGAUUAUGUACACAAGGGCCAAGAAAGCAAGAAAAGAAAACCAGAACCAGCCCUGUAGCUUUACUUCAGUGCUUCCAUUCUAGAUAAUGUUGAUAUUAUAAAGAGUUAGUCACUGCUGCUAAGCAUGGAGGACUAUAUACAUAAGCUCAUUUAUACAGUGUUUGCUUGUGGGAGGGUUUAAUCCUUUUAGGGCCUUGAUGUCAAGAAAAAAAUAACUGGAAACUAUAUUUUGCUAAAUAUAGAAAUGAGGAACUGUGUCAUUUUGGGACAUGUGCAAAUCAUUGAGAAACUCCAUCAACCUGCGUUGAAAAUUGAUUUUUUUCCUCUAAAAUGAGAAAGAAACUGAAUAAGCAAUCUAUUGCCUCUUUACUCAUUCAUCACAAUAUCCUGAUUCGUCAUAAGAUUAUAAGCAUAUAAGGGCUAGAAAAUAACCAUAGCAUUAAGAAGGAAGGAGUCUAUCAUUAUGUUUGAAUUCUGGCAAAUGUCAUAAAUAAGGGUUGGGUAAUAUUUACUCGAAUAUGAGACAAGAUUUACAUGAUAAGCAAAGGCAUAUAUGGCUGCUCUUUUGACUAGAACAUUUCAGUUAUCAGGCUGUACUAUUACAAGAGAUAAGAAAACAAUAAGUACAAUGUAAUCACAAACAAUGGGAUUCCAUUUGUUUGUUGUAUACCAGGUACUUUGUGGGUAUGGUUCCUGACUCCUCUUCCACUUGGGGUUUGGGGAAAAAAGUCUCAAUCCAAAUGGAACAGUGAAAAGAAAAGUAACUGAUCUAGCACAUAAGAAUAGUGAUUCAAAAACCAAUGUGAAAUAAACUUCCAUAGGUCAAUAAUAUAAGGUGUCAGUUCAGUAUUAGCAGAGAUAUGCAAGCAUCAAAUAUUUUUAUCACCCCAUCACUAAUAACAUGAAAAGCUCAGACAUAGGAUUUCCCAAAUUUAAAUGAAAACACAUUCAUGCUUGCAAAAAUAAUUCUCCUUCUGCUUCAUUUCUCAUUACUUUAUCUAAUAUAAACACAAAUGUCAAGGUAAUGUUCUUUACAUAAAAUGACCAUAUAGUUAAGAAUUUUAGUAAACGAUUGUUGCUCUGCAUAUUAUUAAACACAAUGAAGUAUUAAAAUAGCUGAUAAGUUUGAAUUUUCUGCAAAACAGUAAUUCCACAUCAGAAUUGUAGAUAAGGUUGUGAAUUUAACUAUUGACUCAUUUCAGAACGGUGUCUGUUGACAUGGCAGUCAGAGCAGGUGAAUACAGACACUCUUUCUGAUUGCAAAGGUUAUAGAGAUAAAUUGGACAGCAUUAUGUGAUACUAGCAAAGACAACUUCUGUUAUAAAUCAGAGGGCAAGGCUUUUCUGAAUCAGAUGUAAUAAAUUACUAAGUAAUGAUUACCAAAAAAUAAUUACUAAGUAAUGAAGGAUAUAGACUCGCUUACUGAAAUAAGUAAGUGUUAUAUUUAAUAGAUUACCUAUAAUCUUUUUUGUUAACACAUAAUUUGGCCAUUUCAUAUACUAUAUGCUUAUUUCCAUUACUUCUCUGUGGGUGAUUAAAAAAUACUAUGUGGUGGAUAAGAACAUUGGCCAAAAUUCACUGCUAGUUCCAAUGCAUAGAUGAUGGUAUAUAUACUGGAUGAUAGAAGUAGUAAUAUUUGCAAGUUCUACAUAUUAUGGUGAUAUCUCUGGUGUGGUACAAAAACACGCCCACACUUCAUGAAUCUUACAGGGGAAAAAAUAGUGUGUCCGUAUUAACUAAACUCAAAGUGCUAUCUGAAGAGGAAUGGAUCUUAUAAUCAAAUAGACUGAGUUAAACUGAGUCUCAAAAAAUAUAUAUUUUUAAGUUUUUGGAAUUAUUUCCAGAAACUAAUAAAGAGAAUUAUUUAGUGGUAGUACCAAGUCUGUGAGUUUGUAGCAUAUACUGAAACAAUCUUCUGGAUGGUGGUAAGGUCUUUUUUAGCAAACACAGUAAAGAGCUUAUUUUAUUUCUGAUGCUUUCAAGGGCAUAUUCUAAAGUAUCACAGAUGUCAAAUAGAAUAUGCUAUCUAAGCCAAAAGUGUAAAUUUCUGAUGACCUAUUGCAGCAAUCUCAGCCAGUAUGUAAUAUCACAAAAUGUGUCAAGUCAAUCAUAUUAGAGGAUCUACUCAUUCAGAUGGAUUUCAUGCACCUUCAUGAUGUUGAUAUAUUGUGACCACAGGAAAUAGCUGCCAGAACCUAUGUAGCUAAGUUACAGGUUCCACUUUGCCUGGGAGGGAAUCAUAAUUACAUCAGGAAAUGUUUAACAGUUAUGUCUUAAAAAUUAGAAUUUUAUGGGCCGGGCGCGGUGGCUCAAGCCUGUAAUCCCAGCACUUUGGGAGGCCAAGGCGGGUGGAUCACGAGGUCAAGAGAUCGAGACCAUCCUGGUCAACAUGGUGAAACCCCGUCUCUACUAAAAAUACAAAAAAAAAUUAGCCAGGCAUGGUGGUGCGUGCCUGUAAUCCCAGCUACUCAGAAGGCUGAGGCAGGAGAAUUGUUUGAACUCAGGAAGUGGAGGUUGUGGUGAGCCGAGAUCGCGCCAUUGUACUCCAGCCUGAGUAACAAGAGUGAAACUCCGUCUCGAAAAAAAAAAAAAAUUAGAAUUUUAUGUAAUAAAGAAAGCAGCAACCAGGAAUAGUAUCACACCAUAAAUAUGAAAACUAAUUAUUAUAUUUAAUAAAUAUAAUGGAAACGAGGAGGGGGAAAAUGAGUCUUUUGUUAAAUAUAAAGACGAUCUAUAGCACUCCUUGAUAAUACAACUGAAAAUUUUACUUUAGCAAGCAUAAAAUAGUGGAGGAAAAAUGCAACUUCAAGCUCUUCACACUAGCGAUGAUUAUGUGAUAUAUCAUCGUAUAUAUUUAGCCAGUGGUCAUUAGAUGUUACCAUGCUGAAGCAUAUCUGAUACUCAUGCAUUGCCUUACAGGCUAAAAAUAUAAGAGGUAGGUAUUCAGUAACCUCAGUUGGAAAGACAUAUAAUGUUAGAAUCCCCUGAAACAAGCCAUUUCCCUAAGAUAGAAAUUUACCUCAAUAAUCAUGUAACCUAAAACACUUGGCAUAGUAGCAAAGAAGUUGCCUUAGUGUUCUAGUCUCAUCUAAUUGUGACCUCUGUCUUUCAUGUACUUCUGAAAUCAUUUUCCAUUUUUUUCAUUGGUGUGAUUUUGACACAAUUCUGAAAUAUUUCAGGUAAGAUUAAUAACAUCUAAUAACAAAUAUGUUUUAAUAUUUUAGACAUAUGUCUACUUUGAAAGUUCAACCAAUAGUAUAGAAAGCUUAAGAAUGAACACUGAUUAGACAUAUUCACAGAAAUGAAAGGAAAAAUGAUAUUGUAAAACUCCUGUCAAUUUUCUAGUAGAAUACAGAAGUACGUAGCAGUCUUCAAUUUCUAAACACAAUAAGAGCUUAUAACUGAACGUGACAUGCAUCAUUUGUUAGAACAAUACUAAUUCUUUAUACUACAGUAAGGAUACAAGAUCACAGAAGCUUAGUGUUGUAACAAAGACUUCACAGGCAUUCAUAACUAAUGCCUUCUAAGGAAAAUGAGGGCAUAACCCAGAAUUCGUGGUCAGAGUAUAAAAGUUAUGUAUGAAAGACAUUUAUUUAUAGAAAUUUCUGAGUAUUCUAUGCCUUUUCAACUUAAAUAUCAGUGUGUCUUAGAAUUUAUUUUAUAUAUCAUUGGACUGGGGGUAAUAUUCAAACAUGCACUCAACAUGUCCUCACAUUAAAAGGCACAUUGACUAGUAUAGGAAAAUACAUCAUACACUAGACUGUUGUGCAAACUCAUAUAACUUUGCCAUGUGCUCUGCUAUAGAGCUGGAUGUGUAUGCCCUUAAGAAGGGAUAAAAAUAAUCAAUUAAAUAUAAAUACGAAAAUAUACUUAUGUUGGGUAGCUUAGCAUCAUAGCAAAAUGUCAUUAACCUUUAUUUCACAGAGAAAAACUGAAAGAAAAGAAUGGUGAACAAGAAUACAAUGAUAAACUUGGCUUAUAGAGAUGUUUCUUGGGAAUUUUUUCCACUUGUUUUUAUCCAUGAAAAAAGAAUACAGACAUUUCUGUAGUAUUUCGUCUGUGGGUAGGUUGGAUCCCAGGUAGAAUGCUUUUUGACACAGGCCUUUUUAUACAUACUUUAUAUGUGAUGAAGCUUUGGUGAGAUGUGACUGCAUGGUAGGAUGCAUUUUCCUAGGAUAGGAUAUGGUGCUGCUUGUACUUGCCACCUUUUAUAUGAAUGUAUGUCGCUACAUUGGCCUGUCUUGCCAAGAUAUGGAUGAAUAAAGCCUGGUGUGAGCUGUCUAUUUGAAACGUCACUAGGAUGCAUGUUUCAUUUGCUGUUACAUAAUGCCAAUUUGAACCUGUUUCCUCUCUAUAUAUUGACAACCCAAUUGUUAAGAUAAAAUAUACUUUGCUUGAAUGAACGAUUUGGGUAGUAAUGUGAGAGUUAUCCUUAAAUCAGUGUUAUAAUUUUUGCUAUUACUGAAAUACCAUCACAGUAGCCACAUUAUUGGCUGUCUUCUCACAGCUCUUUAGUAUACACCAUUGCCUGAGCAAAAUUAGGUUUUUAGGUAUUUUUGGCAUUUACUUCUUUUAUAGCUGAUGUACAAUCAAUUAUUCCUUUAUAUGUUCAUAAGUACAAAAUUUCACUAUGUUAAUUACUUCCAAACAAACAAUUGCCAAGCAAGUAUGUGUGUGCCUGGUUUUUCUGCUCCUCCAAUUCUAAGAUCAUUAUUUGUUUGCCUUCUGUUUGUCACCCAAAAAUACAGAUGUUUGGGAACGAUACAUCUUACUGAGUUGUCUUAUGCAAUCUCUGUCUAUAUUCGCAUUUCCUUCUAUUUCUACCUUGUCUUUUGUUUUUUAAACACAGAUUUGAUUUUCCUUUCACUUUGUGAAAACCAGAAUUGAGCAGCAUUGUACAUCAGAGAUGGUACCCAGGAAAUGUCUUUGUUUCUCUGUAUUUUUCUUCAAAAAUGCCAUGCAAAGACAAUCCUAGUAAAGUUCACAUACAUCCCAAUCUCUCUCAUUGGCUUCCAACUUUUUAUAGAACUAUUUCCCUGAGAAAAGAGAAAUGCUGAGUAUGAUGGCUAUUAUCUGUUGAUGAGACAAUUAUACAAGAACGUAAAUCUCUCAGUAUAGUGUUCUGUUUAAGGUACAUCAUGGGUACAUAAAUGCCUAAAAGCUUCAUCCUUUGGUCUAUUUCUCUUUAUGUGUAAAAUUGCAUAUAUAUUAGAAAGAGAGAUCGAAUAGAAGAAUUCGGGGUGUUAUAGAGGCAGCUUUUUGCUGCCUUGGUUUUGACUGUAUCAGCAUUUCUAUUGUGGACCUCUAUUUUAAGGGGUUUUAGAGACUCAGCCAUAAAAAUUUGUGUUAGGCUUAAAAGUCUUGAAAUUUUUUUUAGAUAUCUAAUUUUAAACAAAUAUAUCUUGUUUUUAUAUUAUAGAAGGGAAAUAAAUGGAGUUUACUAGUUCAAUUUUGCGCUAACAUAACUUUUAAUAAACCUAACUUUUUAAAGAAAAACAUAAAAUCGAAUUAGUUCAUAGUUGGUUGAUGGUUUUAUAAAGAAUCAGUUAUUGACCUUGAGAAAAUUGCCUCCUUCAUCAUUAUAGUAACCUGUCUUUAAGUUGUUUUAAAACUUGUAUACCUAUAUUAACAUUAUCUUGAUUCCAGUGUGGAUCAGUGUGAUAAUGCAGAUUUAUGACAUCUGUAUAAGCUAUCUGGUAAUAUAGAUUUGGAAAUAUAUAGUAUAUAUGAUAUAUAUAUAUAUAUUUAUUUAUUUACUAGAUAGAUUAAGGAGAAAAAGCUCCCAUAAACUUAGUUUGUCAAAUAAAUACCAUAUAUUUAAAAAAUUGCACAGACAUUUAUCAUUCAGAGUCAGAAUGAGAUGCAAGUAGUUGCAAAGGGAAGUUGUCUCUUGGGUAAACAACACACAUUAUACAGCUUCUUAUGAAAAUAAUUUUUUCCUUUCUAUAUUGUGGUUAUGGGAAAGUAAAAGAAUUAAAAUUAAUGCAGACUUUAUUUAAAUAACAUUCAACUGUGAAGCAGAGAGAAACGCCAGGAAAUUAAAUAUUUGGGCCAUUAUCUUGUGGUUGUCUGAUAAUACUUUACAUUUAUUUUAAUUCCCCAUGAUGUUUUCAGUUAUGGAGAGAGUAAUAAAAUCUCGAUUUUUAAGUUUCUGCAUUGUUCUCAUUACACUCAACACUAUUUCAUUAAGUUCUUGAUACUAUGUAGUCUUCUGUGUGCAAGGAAAGAAAUAAAUAAUACAUUUGUUUGCUGAAUGAAUUUUAAGGUGUGCAAGUUGUGGUGAAUUUUUGCCCACACAGGAUUCUAUACAUUUAUACCAUCUUAACUCUGGCAUUUUUUUUUUCAGAUAGCUUCUACUGACAAACACAAAGCUUGUUUGUGUGCAAAUAUAAGGCUAAAUAAAUGGUGCUAAAGUGUAUUAUGACUGUCAGAUAAAAUCAGGCAAAAUUUUGUGGUGCUUAAAUUAAUUUUUUCAUUGAUUUUAUUGAUCAGUGCAUUGAACAGUGUUUAUUAUUCACAAGUUGUCUUUUAUUAGUAAAUCAAGGCCUCAUAGCACAUUGUUAAAUAAAGUGGUUGACUAGUCUAUGUGACAGCUCACCAAGCUACUAUCUCUUUUAACUCCUUAUAAUGUUGCGUCAUUAAAGGUCAAGGGGACAUGCUAUUAAUCUCAUUGCUAUAGACCAUUAACAUGACUGAACUUUUCCACAAAGUACUUAUGUUUACAAUGCUAUAACCCUUUGACUGCUGCGGCAACCUUUAACCACACAAAUGUCACAAGCUAGAAUCAUCAGCAUGGUUCUUGCCAUGGCAAUCAAAGAGUUAAGGGCUGUGCAGUGAUUUGUUUUGUAUUUAUUAAUUUAUAUUUAUUUUAUUUCCAUUCAAGAAGGGGUUUGGGGUGGGGCAGUUUUUGUCUGCUGUAAGUGUCUUAACCUAGGGAAGGGUUAAAUGGCUUUUUAUACUAUUGCAUCUUCUGUAUUUACCAUCAAUUCAUUGUGUUGUAAUUAAAAGAAACUGUCAAUAAAUAAGAGAACAGAAAAAUGGUUCACA